ACAACAAAGCUGCUCUUUGUGUGUUAAUUACAUGAUGGUUCUUCUCAGCAGGGUCACAUUGGCUGGAUUUCACACCCUGGGGAGGAGACUGAACCAUUAAAGUAUAUAGGUUUACGCUAUAGUUCUGAUGUUGUGAAUCCACUUUGAGUCUAAAUGUUAUGGAUCACCUUUAAACAAAUGUUUCUACAGGGAAAAAGGCCUAAGUAAGAAUUUUAAUGGCCUGCAGAACAGAGACCGGGAAAGGGGACACACAAAGUCUUCAGGAGAUAAGGAUUGUUCUCUUGGGGCACGACUGGUUGGAGAAGAGUUUAACGGGAAACACCAUCCUCGGGAGACAGAUGUUCGACGUCAGCAGAGAUGUGAAGAUGUGCGUUAGGAGACAAGGUGUCCUUGUUGGAGGACGGAAGGUUGUAGUAGUCAGCACCCCUGAGAGGUGGAUCCACUACUCUGUGCAGGACCCUGGCCUGGUGAAUGUGAACAUGGCAGCCUGCGUCUCCAUGUGUCCUCCAGGACCUCAUGCCUUCCUCUUCAUAGUCCCCAUCAGCUCACAUAAAGGCAGAGAGUGGACAGUGGAGGGACCUCUUGAGUUGUUAAGUGACACUCUGUGGAGGAGCACAAUCGUGAUCUUUACUAGAUGUGAACGACUGAGAGGAACCUCUGUGGAAACUUACACUUCUAAAUAUGGUUUUCUCAAAGCUAUUCUGGAGAAGUGUGCAUAUAGAUACCAUCUUUUAGACACAAGCGUCUGGGGGGAGGAUGAUGAUGCUCAGGUUGCAGAUCUACUUCAGAAGAUUGAAGUUAUGAUCACAGAAAACAAAGAUGGAGGAGGACCAGGAUAUGAGAUCACAACUGAUAAAACAACUGACUGGGAGAUGAAGGAGGUUGUGGAGAGGGCCGCUUUAAGACGAAGCAAAGUGAAGCUGGUCAGACGUGCUCUCAGAUCUCUGAAAGGAACGUCUUCUUCACUUUCAGAAGUCCGGAUUCUUAUUGUGGGGCCAAAGCACGUUGGGAAGAGCUCUUCUGCAAACACUAUCCUUGGAGAUCAAGUUGUUCCUCCUGGAAAUCCGACAUUUCUGUGCACAGAGAGACGGGGUGUUGUUGGCAAAAGAGCUGUCUCUGUGAUCGAUACUCCUGGAUGGCAUGGACGAUACUGCUCUGAAAACACACCUCAGGAGGUUCAGAAGCAGAUAUCCAACAGUGCAUCUCUCUUUAAACCUCACCUCAUCCUUGUAGUCGUACGCUGUGAUGAAACCUUCGCUGAAACUGACAAAAGGAAAGCAGAGGAGCACUUGAGCUUACUUGGACUUUGGGUUUUGAGUCGGAUCAUUGUGCUCUUCACAUGGGGGGAAAAACUGAGAAUGACUUCCAUCGAGGAACACAUCGAAAGAUGGCCCUCUCUGCAGCAGCUGGUGGACAAAUGUGGAAACAGGUAUCAUGUUUUUGAUAAUACAAAGAGGGCUGAAGACCUUCAGGUUGAAGAUCUGUUAGAGAAGAUUGAAGAGACUGUGAUGCAGAGUGAUACAUCAUGCUUGAUGAAGAGUUUAAUUGACCUUCAACAAACCAACAAAAAGCUGGCGCAAAGCUCCAAAAGGAUUGCAAAAAAGUUUGAGAAUGCAAAAUCCAACACAGAUCUCCUUGUGCAAUUGGUUGAGGAGAAAGAGAGGAUAGUAGAAGACUUGAUUAAAUCAACCAGAGAGAGAGAUGAUCAAAUUGAAGCCUUGAAAAAGACAGUAGAAGAAGAGAAAACCAGAGAUGCCAAACAAAAACAAGAUCAUAAUGAAGUGAUCAGCAGAAUAUUGGAGGACAGUAAGGAGAACGGCAAUCUUAGAACCGUUCUCGGGGAAAAAGAGGAGAUGAUAAGAAGUCUGAAAGAGAGCUGUGCUGCAAACGAUGAGCUAAUAAAAGCUACCAAGCAAAAGGUUGAGGUGAAAGAGAAAAUGCUGCAUGGAAAAAUGAAGGAGGCAGCAGUUUUGAAGACAAUGUGUGAGAGAAAAGAUAAAGAACUCGAACAAAUGAUGACGGACCACAAACAGGAAGCAAAAGAACUCAAAGAGGCAGCCGAGCGACUCAGGAGAGAAAACGAAGAUACAAAGAAAGUGCUACAGGCAACAAUGAAAGGGAUGCAGAUGCACCUUCUGAGAAUAGAGAAGACAGAGGUCAACUCUGAAUUUUCUGAAAACAAACGCGAGCAAAAGGCAAUGAGGGAGCUCCUCAGACAAAUGAACUGGGCCUUCACAAUCACAUCAGGCCCCUGUGGAAACACCAGACCAAAACCAGGCGAUAAAACACAGUCAGUGUUGGAUGACCGCAUUGGGGCCCCUAAGAAGAACAAGACUUCAAACCCUGAAUGGCAACUUGAGGCUGACUGGACCUGGCUCAGAGCUGGAGGCGCAGUGCUGGGAGCUGCGAUUGGGGCCUUUGUUGCCUCCUUCAGAUUGCCUGCAGGGACCAGUACCAAAUCAACUGUUUGGGCUGCAGCUGGGGCUGCACUGGGCAGCUUACUGGCCCAAGGAAUAAAAUCAGAACAUGGGAAUAAAAAGCAGAUGAGUUAGAAAUACAUGAGAUGCCUCUGAAACCACACACACCCCUGAUAAGUUUAAUUGAACUUUAUAUACUCAGACACUUCAAGAAUAUGUAAUGUGUUCAACAAUAAGUUUAAAAUAUCUGUUUUUAUUCAGAUACUGAGUGCAAACAAACUGAGACUUUUAAAAAUUUAUUUUAAUUUCAAAUAUCUGUUUUGUUUUUAAUCCCUUGAAAGGCAUAACCUGAAUAUACUCUCAUGUCAAUAUAAUGUAAUGAUAAUUUAAGUCUUUAUAUCAUAGAUAAAACACAACCUACAUUCAGAUAAAAGAGAACCAAUGCCACUCAAGAAGCUCAACACCGUAAGGCAAAUAUAGCGCCUUGUUAAAUAUUCACACCCCAACGUUUUCACAUUUUGCUCCUUUACAACCAAACGAAACUCAAUGUAUUUUAUUGGGAUUUAUUAAUCCAACAGACCAACAUAAAGAAAUACAUGACAGUGAAGUGAAAGAAAAAUGAUAAAUAAGAAUUUUUUUUUUUUUUCUGAAAAGUGUGGCAUGUAUAUGUAUUGACCACCUUUUUACUAUAUUACCCCUAAAUAAAAUCCAGUGCAGACAACUGACUUCAGGUGUCACUUUGUAACUAGAGUCCAUCAGUGUGUAGUUGGCUCUCAGUAAAUAAGAUCCACAUCUCUUCACAAGACAGCUGUGCACUCUAUGAAUCUGGCAUUUAUGAACAAAAUUGUUGAAUUAUUGAAAGGAAACUAAAUAAUAAAUCUCUGUGUUUUGCCACAAGCCACACAGAAGACAGCAUACAUGUAAGAUGAUGCUCUGAUCAGAUGAGACUAAAAAGUUAUU